AUGCGUUGGGCUGACACGGGUGCAGAUGACGCAUCCGAAAAUCGCGGGGUCAAUGAGAUACUCGCCGGUCUCCGCCGCACCGGCGUGAGCGGUGGCGGGCAGCACGCGCCGGAUGUGGUCCGGCCGACGGUCCCGCCCGCUAUCCGCCAGAUCCUCCAGAUCCCCGAGACGCCGCCACCCCGCCCGCGGCACCCUGUCAGGGUUGGCCGGGGAAGCGCGAGGCUUCCGGCAGGCCCGCCGCCGCCGCACAGCUGGCUGUCUGGGGCCGAGCGAGCCGGCAAUGCCCUUCAGCGCUCGGCGAUAGAGUAUGGAGCGGCGGAGACUCAUGAACAACGGCCGCUGCCGGGGUUGGAGCUGCCGGCACGCGGGAGUUUGAUUGACAUGGUGCUGCGCCGGUUAAUCCUCGACUGGGAGUGGCAGAAAACAUACUGCCAGUAUCAUCUUUACGAGCUCCCGACCCAUCUCCGGGUCGCUUUGAUCGCCUACCUUGUCACAUACACCCGCGAGGGUGUGUCCCUGCGGGAUCUGCAAGCUAUUCUCCUCCCUCCACCAGAUGUGCCAGAGUAUCAGGAGAACCCGGAACUCGCCCCCACUGUAGUGAACGAUUCCUUCCACUAUCUCAACUUAUCCGGGUCAGUUGGCGGCCCCCUAAAACUCCGCGAAUUGUCAGACUUCCUCUUCCCACCACAAUCGGAGCCCGUCGACCCGCAAGAGUCCUGGGACACGCCCGAAGAAUUCUCGGCCAACAUUCCACGGCCGCUCCUCCCCAACCUCACACAUCUCUCGCUUGCCCUAGACCCCACGUCCUCGCACACCAUCUCCUGGCGGCACCUGCUCGCCUUCGCAACGCACCUGCCCGGGUUGACGCACCUGAGCCUGGCUUUCUGGCCGGAACCGACGCUAACGCCCAAUGCGAAACUGGCGACGGUGUUGUCGCCUCACACCGGUCGUACCAUUCAGUACGGCGGAACCGGACCCUACAGUCACUCGCUCGACGACGAGUGGGUCGAGCAGAUCUUGAUCCUGCGCCGGCUCAGCAGGAGCCUGUAUGGGCUCGAAUACCUCGACCUCACGGGCUGCGGUGAGUGGUUCCCCGCACUGUGGGCUACGGCCGGCGAGGGCGACACGGUAGACUGGACCGGGGCCUGGGGGAAGGUCACCACACUGGUCAUGUAUCCUGGUUAUCGGCUGUGGGAGGAUGCUGGCCCAGCGGAAACGUCGCGAUACUGGGAGUUUGUGGAUUAUGCACGGCGGGUAGAACGGCAUGUGAGGACGCGGAGGGCUGGGAUGGGCAGGUUCUUUACGGUUGAGACGUGUAAACGGCCCGGGGGGACGUAG